GGCCGUGCAGAGCUCACACCGGCCUUUCCUGCGAGGGGAGAGGGGCUGAGAGCCGGGCUGACAUCACCUUCCUCAUCCUCCUCCUCCUUCCUCUGGGCACAAGCUGCCUCUUCGCCGGCUUCAAUGAAACUGGCAGCGAUGAUCAAGAAGAUGUGUCCCAGCGAGGCCGAGCUGAGCAUCCCCGCCAAGAACUGCUACCGCAUGGUCAUCCUGGGCUCCUCCAAGGUGGGCAAGACAGCCAUCGUCUCACGCUUCCUCACCGGCCGCUUCGAGGAGCAGUACACACCGACCAUCGAGGACUUCCACCGCAAGUUCUACAGCAUCCGCGGGGAGGUCUACCAGCUUGACAUCCUGGACACAUCGGGCAACCACCCCUUCCCUGCUAUGCGCCGGCUCUCCAUCCUCACAGGAGAUGUCUUCAUCCUCGUUUUCAGCCUGGACAAUCGAGACUCCUUUGAGGAGGUGCAGCGCCUGAAGCAGCAAAUCCUGGAGACCAAGUCAUGCCUGAAGAACAAAACCAAGGAGAACAUAGAGGUGCCUCUGGUCAUCUGCGGCAACAAGGGGGACCGGGACUUUUACCGGGAGGUGCAACCCCGGGAGAUCGAGCAACUGGUGGGAGGGGACCCCAAAAAGUGUGCCUACUUUGAGAUCUCAGCCAAGAAGAACAGCAGCUUAGACCAGAUGUUCCAGGCCCUCUUCGCCAUGGCCAAGCUGCCCAGCGAGAUGAGCCCCGACCUGCACCGCAAGGUCUCGGUCCAGUACUGCGACAUCCUGCACAAGAAGGCGCUGAAAGGCAAAAAGCUGCUGAAAGAGGGGGGCCGGGGCAGCAGCGAGGAGGCGUACGGCAUCGUGGCCCCCUUCGCCCGGCGGCCCAGCGUCCACAGUGACCUCAUGUACAUCCGGGAGAAAGCCAUCGGCGGGGGGCACAGCAAGGAGAAGGACCGCUGCGUGAUCAGCUAGGAGCCCCCUGCUCACCAGGAAGGAAGGAAGGAAGGAAGGAAGGAAAGAAAGAAAGAAGGAAGGGAGGGGGGAAAGAUGCUCGUUUCUGAAUUGACUUUGGGCAGGCAGCAGGGUGGGCAGGUGCCCAUCGAGGCAGAAAGGGAGGGUUGCCUCUUCCCCAGCCUCCCUCCUCCCAAGGGAUUGCUUUCAUCACCUCCCUCCCCCAGGGUGGAAUUUUGGGAGCAAGAGGGAGGCUUUGGAGGGCAGGAGGGGGGUGCCACUGGGACCAGCCUCCUCUGGGCAGAGAGACAGGGAAAGAGUGAGCUACUGGGCAGGCUGGUGGCAGGAUGAGUGUGGAGGGCAUGGACCUUGGUGGUUCUUCCCCUCCCAAACCACCACCCGGCCUCGGGCGCUGCCUUCAGGAGGGAGGGCAGAGGCCUGCCAGCGCCUGCUUGGGGCUUUGGGUUUGGUUUUUCUGUUGUUUUGGUUGUGUUGUUUCUUUUCACUUGAGAAGCUGUGCACGGCCCCUGGCGCCGUGUCCUGUGUUCGUCUGUGUCUGCAAAGCACGUGCAGAAGACACUCCUGAGCUGUUGCAAAGACGUUGCCGAGUUACAGCCCUGAUGGACCAAAAACAACCCCCCACCACCCUGACUCUUGUUUACAUUUGUCUUGUCUGAUUUGCAAGAUUUGGGGGGAGGGUGGGG